AUGUCCGCGCCCCGGACCCCCGGUGGCGAAAGAGACCAGCCUCCUCAACCUGUCAUGGCCGGCGCGUUGGCCGCCCAGCCGGCGCCGGCGCCCGCCGCCGCCGCCGACGCGGUCGAGCGGUAGAACGUCAUCCUAGCGCAUGUCAAGGACGUCGACAAGGAGGUCGCGCGCGAGCACGAGCAGGUCGCCGCCAAGGUCUCGACGACGGACGAAAACGGGUCCUGGAUCCUCGCGUCGGUCGUGCGCUACGACGCGACGUCGGACGCCUACGCCGUGCAGGACGAGGACGACCAGAAGAUCCUGGAGCUGCCGGCAUCGCGCAUCCGCCGCCUGGGCGUCCCCAACGGGCUGCAACCGGGCGAACGCGUCGUGGCCCUGUACCCCGACUCGACGACCUUCUACCAGGCGACGGUCGCCGAGGCGCCCCGCAGGCGCGACGUGGCGCUCGCCUUCGACGACGACGAAGACGACGACGAAGACGACGACACUGGGAGGAUACUGCUCCGAAGAGUCUCGCUGCGCCACGUGCUGCGCGAGCGGCCUACGGUCUCGCGCGGUGUCAUCAAAUGCCUUUGUGAUGCCGUCGAGGCAUCGUGUCGAUGGUCGUCAGUGGUGCCAUCGCACCAGCGGCACCGGGCCAGCAGCCCGUGGCCUUCCAAGACAUGGCGCAGCAGAACCGGCCCAGAAGCGGUUCCGUCGAUUUGGACGCGCCGCCGCCGCCCAAGCCCAAGAAGCGCACGAAGCGCAACAAAGUAGAGUACAACACGGGCGACCGGAUUCGAGUGGUCGAGCACGCCAAGUACCAGGGCCGAUUGGGCACGGUGGUCAAGAGGACCGUGGCCUGGGUCGAGGUCCACCUCGAUUCAUUACAACCGGGCGAGAAGGAGCUCACGGCGUCGUUCCGGAAGAAGGAUUUGGUGUUAUUGAAUGACGCCGGCGACGCGGCUUUAACGGAGGCGGCGUUACCUCCGCCGCCGCCGCCCGCGCCGGCGCCGGCGCCGAGCCCCGCCGCCGCCGACAAGGUGGACGACGACGACGACGAGGAGGCCGAGGCGGCGCCGGCGCCGGUGUCCACGCCGGGCGCGCCGAUCCGCGUGCGCACGGCCGGCGGCCGCGAGGCCAUUGUCUUAGAGAAGAUGCAGCGCGGCUGGUUUCGCGUCGAGCUUGAUCAGAAUGCGAACGACGAGGGCGGCGCGGGCGAGCGCAAGUCCAUGAGAAUGCCGCACGGCUUCGCGCCCGGCCAGGACCAUUUGCUGGACGCGGCGCCCCAGGCGGCGGUCGUCCCGAAGCCCAAGGGCUCGUCCUCCAAGGGCCGCAAGUCCGUGCAGCAAACGGUGCCGGGGCCCGUGCCCGUGGGCGCCGUCCAGGCCAUCACGGCGGGCGGCCGCGUCGCCACGAUUUUAGAAAGGAAGCAGCGCGGCUGGUUCGCGGUCGAGCUCGACGGCAGUGCGAACGACGAGGGCGGCGCGUUCGAGCGCAAGUCCAUGCGAAGGCCCAUGUUCGCGCCGGGCCAGGAUAGUGUCCUGGACAGCGCGCCCGACGCGAUGCCGUACGCGCCGCCGCACUACUACCACGCGCCGCCACCGCCUGGUGUGCCGGUCGCGCAACCCGCGGCGCUACCCGGCGCCGCUCAAGGCGCUCCGAACGCGAUGUCGCCCGCGGACAUGGCGGCGGCCUUCGCGCAGUUCCAGCAGUUCCAGCAGUUCCUGCAGAUGCGCGGCGCGUUACCGCCCCAGUCCUAG